UUAGUGACUUAUGUUGAUGAAGAUGAAGAUGAAAUACUUGAAUUAUCAUCAGAUCAAACAUUCUUGGUCUCACUGAAGAUUCCAGAGGAGUGUGUUGCUGAAGAGGAUUUGCCUCACCUGCUCACCGAAAGGCUCACAGAUGUGUACGGUACAUCGCCCUCUCUGAGUCGUUAUUUCACUUCAGUUGAAAUAGUGGACUUCAGUGGCGAAAAUGCCACAGUAACCCACCACCUGCAAUAUGGGGUUCCAUCAGAUGAUGAAAAUUUUAUGAAGUAUGUGAUGAGUGAGAGGUUGGUGCUGGGCAUUUUGCUACAUGAUUUCCAUGAUCAGAACAUACCUGGUUGUGAGAAUCUGGGGCUUGAUCCAGCAUCCCUCUUGCUCGAUGGUAAGUAAAGGAGUCAGCGCUGCGACAAUAAACAGGGGAACCAGAUCGGGGUCAGAUUGAUGUGGUUGAUUUGGCAACAUUGGGGACUUGGUACUGUGUCAGACUAUUCAUUUAUGUACUCAUCCACUCAGCCCUGUAACUCUUUCUGCCCCAUAACUCAGGCAGAGAGUGACAGUGUUGCUGUGAGGUGAUGUUCCACUCUGUGUGGAGCCUACACAUUCCAUGCCCUCCAGAAUUAGACAGUGUAGUUGGGGAAAACUCAAGAAAAAGAUAAUUUAAGUAUAAAGAUGAACAUUGCUGCAUGUUUCCUCAUGCAGUUCGCCCACAUUCUAAGCCCUGCAUCCUACUUCACAACAUGAUUAGCAACCUUCAUGGAGACACUGGUUUCACAAGACAAGUAAGAAUUGAAGAAUUUGAAAUGAAGGAUACAGCUAAAUUGCUGAAGGGGUAUCUCAGUAUGGGGAACCUAUUUCUU